CAGAUUCGUUUGAAACAGGCUCGAGCAUUCUUGGGUCCUGAGCUCGCAGGAGCCAGAAGACAAUCUAGUAGAUCACAGCGAUGCGCGAGAUCUCCAUGCGGGAGAUGAGUCCAGGUUGUGAUUAGCUCUGGCAAUUUAGCAUAGCCUUCUCUGUACACCCAUCUUGCACCGGCGCAUUAGUCGGUGUGUGCGACAUCAUGCGGGAUGUUCCAUUUAUGUGGCUGUGUAUCAUCGCCACGAUCAUCAGAACACUUCAGAGACAUUUCCACCUUCAUACAUCAUCGACCCGACCUCCUGGUCUUUCAUUGCCCUCCUCUCCUUUCUUGCUCUCCCCUCUUCAUUGCUUCCUUUCGUCCACUGUACUGGAACUAGAGAUACCAGAUGUCGACACCGGCGGCGAAGAAGCAUCCGCGUCUGCGACGAGCACUCAAAUUGGGUUUCGGUGGCACACCUGCCAUCCGCCGCAACACCCUUGCCCCGAGGGCGGGGGAGCAGCCCAUAGUCUACCUCCGCAUCCAGGUCCUCGGUGGGCAGGGCCUCGUUGCGAAAGACCGCAACGGGCUGAGCGAUCCCUUCGUCGUCGCCUCCCUCGCGCGCACGCGGCACCAGACUCCGGUCGCGAAAAAGACGCUCAACCCGGUGUACGCGCCCAAGGACGCGACAUGGGACUUCCCCAUCCAUCUCAGUGUGGCGGACCGGCUCGGGGUCGUCGAGCUCGUCGUGUGGGACAAGGACUCGUUCAAGAAGGAGUACCUCGGGGAAGUCGAUCUCGGGGUCGAGGACUGGUUCGCGGACCGCCCUAAAGCGUGGGAUGCACCGGGCAAUGUGCUCUUCACAGUCCCGGUGCUCUCGACCCGGCCAGGCACGCCGUCGCAGGGCUCGCUGCAGAUCCGCCUGGGCUUCGUCUCGCCUCCUCCUCCGACGGCAGGGGCGCCGAAUCAGGCCGCGGUCGAUUUCGAUGCGCUGUACCGGAUUCUAGUCAAGAAUCGGCGCUCGUCGCUCGUUUCGGCUCCCCCGACUGAGGGAGUGGGCACCAUGCGCUCGCAUAUGACUGCCGUUGAAUUUGAGGACGACGGCGGGAUAUCCUCCGCGUCCGAAAUAUCGUCUGACGACGAGGACGGACUGUCCGAUCUCGAGUCUGGAGACGAAGAUGAACGCGAGUCUCCCCUCAUCUCUUCUAGUUCGAGCUCUCCUGCUAUCAGUACGGAUGUUUCCCCCUCAGGAUCCAAACUGCAGUCACUCUACGUUCCUCCGACUAUGGAGGCAACACCGACUGUGACUACCAAGCUCCCGGUGCUGCCUUCUCUCAAUGUCAUCCCGGGAUCGCCUGCGUCGGAUAUGGGCACAUCCGCCGGAGGAAAGACACCUACAGGCCCCAGUCCACUGACCACUCCGACACCGUCUUCUGCUGGGGUCCCUGCGUCGAUAUCCGCCGUCAUUGCCGCUUCACCCUCCGCUGAGAUCGCGCCAGAGAAGAAGGGCCGGCCCAAGUUCAUUCCCAUUCCUAUACCUCGCAAAUUCCUACCGGGCAAGUCGCGGUCUCGACCGACGACGCCGAAUACGCCGGAUGGCUUCACUACGCCGAUUACUGCUACAGGCAAGGAGAAGCGAGGAUUUCGGAAAAGUUGGAGCGGGACCGGAGCUCUUGCGACGCCGGGAGAAGACGCGGCUCCUGCGAAAAGCAAGGGCAAGGAGAAGGAGGCUGUUGGGGAUGCAGAGCCAGGGAAAAUGGGACGGAGGCGGCAGAAGCCCGAGCGGGCAUAUUCUCUCGGCACGGAAGUCGCCCCGUCCGAGUCCCCGAGUGAUAUUGUGGGGAUUGUGAUGUUGGAGAUUGUCAAAGCGGAAGAUCUGCCCCGGCUGAAGAACAUGACGCGCACUUCUUUUGACAUGGAUCCGUUUGUUGUGAUUUCGUUUGGGAAAAAGGUGUUCCGGACCCGAGUUAUCCGACACUCCUUGAAUCCGGUCUGGGACGAGAAGCUGCUGUUCCACGUCCGGCGAUAUGAGAUCGGCUAUGAGGUCCGACUAACGGUACUCGACUGGGAUAAAUUGACUUCGAACGACUACGUCGGUGAAGUGGGCCUGAAAGUCGGCGAGCUCGUAGCCAACGCACCGCAGCCGCUUCCGGCGGAUCCUUCCGAUUCCAAAUCGGGGCAUAUUCCGGUAUACAGUGAUGAGACAGGGGACCAUUCCAUGAAAGAGUUUACUAUGAAGCUCGAGAUCGGUGCCGGGGGCGUGCAAUGGGAGAGUAAGCACAGCCCGGCCAUCACGUUCCGUGCCAAGUACCAGCCGUACUCGCUCCUGCGCCAGCGCUUCUGGCGGCAGUACCUGAAGCAGUAUGACGCCGACGAGACGGGCACCGUGUCGCAUGUGGAGCUGACGAGUAUGCUCGACUCGCUGGGCUCGACGCUCAGCAGCGACACCGUUGAUUCGUUCUUCACCCGGUUUGGCAAAGACCCGGUGCGGGACGAGUUGAGCGUGGAGCAGGCGAUCCGCUGUCUCGAAAGCGAGGUCCUGCGGCCGGAGAGCGAGCGCCGGCGUGUGGAUGACGAGGGCCAAGUCGCUGGCGUGGUCACGAGCGCUGGUUCCUCGCCUUCUGGCGGAGAAAUGCAGCUCGGGGAACUCGACUUUGCGGGACCUGCUUUGGAUAUCGAUUUCGUCACUGGAGAACCGCAGGGAUUCGUCACCGAGCCGUCCGAGAUGGUGCUUCAGCGGCCUGAUCACUCGCGGCAAACUACGUCCGACUCGUCUUCGGAUGGGGACCUGGAAUCUGAUUCGCCCAGUCCGCAACUGGUUUCUGUUACUUCGUCGCCUGCUUCUCAGCAGCAGCAGCAGCAACAACAACAGCAACAGCAACAACAGCUAGCGACACUGUCUUCAAAGAAGCCCCGGUUCCGACGUCCGAGAGUGAAAAAAGUGAAAGACUCGGCCGUUUUGCCGCAGUCGCCCGCUGCAGGCUCGCCAGCGGGCAGCGAGGACUCGUUCGAGCGCGUGAUCAACGUGAAGAACUGCCCGAUCUGCCAUCGGCCGCGGAUGAGCGACAAAGCGGAGGUGGACAUCAUCACGCACAUUGCGGUGUGCGCCAGCCAGGAUUGGAGCAGUGUGAGCCGCAUCAUGGUGGGCAACUACGUCACGGCGAGUCAGGCGCAGCGCAAGUGGCUCAGAAAGAUCUUUGGGAAGUUAUCGAGUGGUGACUAUCGUCUAGGCGCUAACUCGGCGAACAUCAUCGUGCAGAACCGGCUCACGGGACAGCUGGAAGAGGAGAAGAUGCAAGUUUACGUCAGGCUCGGGAUCCGUCUGCUUUACAAGGGCAUGAAUAGUCGGAUGGAGGGCGGCCGUGCUCGUCGACUUCUCCGGUCCAUGACGGUCAAGCAGGGCCUCAAAUACGACUCUCCCGAGUCGGCUCGCGACAUCCCGGUGUUCAUUGAAUUCCACAAGCUCAAAGUCGACGAGAUUCUCGAGCCGUUGGAUUCAUUCAGUGCGUGGGCGACUGAUGGUCGCUGGGUUUAUUUCUCAUUGAUUAUGCAGAGACAUUCAAUCAGUUCUUCUAUCGGUGAGAAAGCUUCGGCGUUGGAUGCAGAGCGUCGACUGAUUGCACUGCCCAGGAAACUGAAGCCGACUGCGAGACCCGUCGCCGAGCCUGACGACCCGUACCGACUGGUCAGCUCUGCAGACUGCCGCAUGAUGGCGUUUGAGACCGUCUCGGAAGCCACGCGAUUGUGGAUCAAGGGCCGCGAGUUUACCGUCGGUCGAUUACUGGGCGAAACGUACUCGAACGAGGUCGACCGAUACGCGGGGGGCGCUCUGGCCAUCUUCCGUCUUGCGCCGCAGGACUAUCAUCGUUUCCACUCGCCUGUCGACGGGACCAUCGGCAAGAUGACUACUAUCGCCGGGGAGUACUACACUGUCAACCCGCAAGCGAUCCGGACGGCGCUGGACGUGUAUGGGGAGAAUGCGCGCAAGAUCGUGCCGAUUGACAGCCCGCAAUUCGGGCGCGUGAUGGCCGUCUGCGUGGGAGCCAUGAUGGUCGGGAGCAUCCUCACGACCGUGCAAGAGGGUGAGUCGGUCAAACGGGGACAGGAGUUCGGGUACUUUGCAUUUGGGGGCUCGACGAUCGUGCUGUUGUUCGAGAAAGAUGCCGUGGAGUGGGACGAGGAUCUGUUGGUCAAUGGGCGUGCGUCGCUGGAGACGCUUGUGCGGGUCGGCAUGGGUGUGGGACGGGGGAAACGCAAGCCGGUCGGAAGGGCUUGAGCGGCUUUGGGAGGGCGGACUAUGUCUAGGAUCGCUGUUAUACAGCUGUAAUCUACUUAUGUAGCUGCAUUAUCAUUACUAUCUAUAUAUACUGUUGCGCUUCAACAUGCGCUGCUGCACUGGCUAACAUGC